GCAAUGUCAGAAAAUUUUUUCAAAAAAAUUUUACUUCAAAUAAUAAUAAUUUUUAUUAUUGCCCCUAUAUCUCGGGAGCAAAAUUCUUUCUCAUUUCUUGUCAAAAGAAUUUGUCCUGGUGGAUUUCCUAUGGAUACUCACGUAAGUUUAAUUAAGAACAAGUUUGACCCAGAAGAUCACCACUAAAAAGUUGUGCUUGAAAGUGGUGAUCUUCUGGGUUAACUAUUUUCUGAAUUUUAAUUUUCAGAAUUUUUGUCCGUUUUGGGCUGCAAUUGGUGAAUGCCCAAGAAAUUCAAAAUAUAUGCAUAGACAGUGUGUGGCUUCUUGUAAUGUUUGUCCACAAAAAGUGCCUACUCCUCCACCUCCUCCUCCACCACCAAACCAACAACCGCCACCAACUUCAUUUUCAAAAUUGCCGCCUUUCUUUUCUGCACAAAUAGCAAAGUGUUUUAUGAAUAUUCAAACUAGCGAAACCCCAACACGAAAUAUCCCAACAAGAGAACAAUUUGAAAAUCGCGGAUUUAGUAUUGGCUGUCUUGGAAGAAAUCAAGAAAAUUCGUGUUCUUCAAAUGUUUGUUAUCAUUUACGUUAUCGAACAUUUGAUGGUUCUUGCAAUAAUUUGGUGGAAGGGAGGUCGCUUCGAGGGGCUGCUUUUAUGCCUUUUGGAAGACUACGGCCAGCUAAUUAUGAGGAUGGGGUUGCGAGGAUGGUUGGCAAGUUUUUGAAUUUUUUCUUAAAAAUAAUAUUCGAUGGACCUGGAUUUUUUUUGAAAAAAUUUCUAAAAAAAUUUUUAAGUUCCACAAAUCGCUGCCCUUUGUUGAUCUUGUGGAUCAGCUAA